UAAGAAAUGAUUUUGGAGCUAAUUUAUCUAAAUUAUUUCUUCCUUCUACCACCAACCAAUUGCGAGGACAUCACCUCAAAGUUCAAAAACCACGGUCGAAUCGUUUGCGUCUGGAGAUCCGUUUUUCGCAUCGAAUUGUGAACCAUUGGAACUCCCUACCAGAACACGUCGUAUCAGCGCCAUCCGUUGAUUCAUUCAAGGCGAGAUUGGACCUCCUGUGUGCAAUAAAUCGAAAGGAUUAACACAGGCAUAUAGCCUACUAUCCUAAAUAAAUUGUAAACUGUAAACUGUAAACCAACAAACAGCAACAAAAUCAACCAAUACUAAUCACUAACAAAGAGAAAGAUCUGACAGAGGUUAAAUCCUACAUUCUUUUAGCUGGGAAAUAUGGUCUCAACCACAGACAGUUUGACAGCACGGGUGGGGAGGUCAAAACCGACCAGCGAGAAUCGGGAAGGCAAGAUAUGCAUUCAUCAACCUGAAACUAGUUUGGAAAUCUUCUGCUUCACUCAGCCAGCAUAAAGAACGAUAUUUUGAUUUUGUUCAACACCAAUGUCAAGCCGGUCCUUGGUGUCAGAAACUUGGCGAGUGUGUUACGAGAAGCAUUUUCAAAAGGUCACUGCAGACAUUUAUCGAAUACUGCCCACUCCGCUGGCUGGCCCCAUACUGAAGUUCAAAUGGCAGGCCAGAAAGAAAUAACAACAAGAAACUGGCUGGGAACAAACCAGCCAAAAGCCGGUCAACAAAUAUGUAGGAGAAAAUUCAGGUAGAUCGGGCAUAAGCUGAGUAAGCUGCUGAAUGACCUCAUGCGCGAUGCAGGGCAUUGCCAGAGUGGAAUCAGAACGGGAAGCGAUAAGUGGGUCGUCAGUUUGAGGGCGACAUGGAGGAAGUCGUGUGGCAAGGAAAAGAUGAGAGAUUAUGGUCAGUCGCGGAUCCAGUUGAAGUAUGCAGGAUCAAAUAGUGCAUAGUGGAGAUGUGCUGCUGCAGCUAUAUGUUCCACUUGGGACCUAAGGGAAUAAUAAUACCAGUCUCACAACUUCUGGGGCAGAAACUACAGAGACCUUAAUAGUACGUGGUCCGGAUAUUUCCGCAAUAGGUACCUCCAUUAAUUACGUUAACCUGUCCUCAUACUGUCGAUAUGUCAAGAAUUUUAUAGUGAAUGACUUAUAAUUUUCAUCGAAAAACAAGUUUUGCUGCUCCUCGAUAUAGUGUGGAGUGGCUUACUGUCUUAGAAGAUCGAGUUAUUGUAGUCCAUAGACGUUAAAUUGAAAUCGGUCUUACCAGUCAUGGAUUUCAUUUUUUUACUUCUAAACUAAUCAUUCGUAUAUAUUUCGAAGAAUGAUGAUGAUAUUUUUCAUUUUACGGCCCUUUCUAGACCCUAGUUUAUAAGUAUCACCAAUAUUGUAAUGUAUAACUUAACAUAAUUCGUACAGACUUCACAGACAGUGAUUAGAGCAAAUAUGCCAAGUUCGUACGUAUGGUGAUGACAGUGAUGACUGAAAUUCCACUGAAAAACCUUACCAAGCACAAACAGUGUUUUUUCCUGCGAACAUACACAAACUUAUUUGUAUGAGCCAAGAUUAAAAGUGUACGUUACAAAAAAAAAGGGUAGAUAAUUAAACUCGUCAUUUUACUUCUUUACAUUCUCUCCCGUCUUACUCUCCUGACAACUUAUUAAUAUUAUAAUUACUAUUAUUAUUAUUACUAUUACCGAUAUAUAUAUUAUUCUUCAAACUUCAUGAGCUGACUGUUGUUACGUUUCCUAUUUUCGUUUCUGUCUCUUAGUCUGAAUAGCUUCACUAAUUAUAUCUAUUAUUAUUAUUACUAUUAUUAUUAUUAUUACUAUCUCUUUUCUCUUGUCGACAAUACCGAAGGACUAACUGGCGAAAGGAUCAACUCCAAUCACAGUAGUAACAGUCUUAACAUACCUCAUACUACAAACCACAUAUAAUUAAUCCCAGCACUACUCCCUUUGGAGUCAACCAAAGCUACGACAGUCGAGUGGCGGGACAAGCUACGCAGAAGUUUACCGAAGAUCAAGAACCUAUACCUCACAAUCAAGAGGCGAGCACAAAGAAAUCAAAUUGGUUUAUACUAGCUCGUAAAAACGAUAUUGGAUAUUGGAUAUUGAAUAAACGAGGUGUUGGUUCAUUUUAUCGAUACUAACGUUUUAUGUUAGAAGACCUAGUUAUAUUGCUACUGUUGAAUUUUAAAUCAUGAAUAAUCAUAUUUGGCUCACUAGAGAGCUAAAAUCAUGCCAAAAAGCAGCCGUACUAAGGACUCUUGGUAAUGUCGAAAAAUAAACGGAGUGCUGAGUUAUUACUAACCAUGCUCGAAAGCAGCACAGUGUUGUUGUGUUCAGAAUAUCAAGUCAUUUCGGAAUGUACUGACUUAAGGAAGAUGCGUUAGUUAAUAAUUUGUGAGUCUUACUUCAGCUUCAUUAUAAACGUAAGCUGACAGAUAAGUGUGCAAAUAAGUAAUACAUCUUGAACAGUUAUUAAAACUGUAGCGCUUCCGAGAACGGGGUAACAGCUAUUUAUUUAAGACUGUAUGGAGUGGCGUUGGUCAAGAAAGUUGAAGCAUCCCUCAAAGGGUCGGUGUAUGGAAUAAAUUUAGCUGCAGCAUGCUGCAUCAGCUUUAAAAGAAGGUGUUUACCAGUGCCGUGGCUCAUUUGGAGGAUUUUAAAAUAGCUUGGAAAGUUUUGUACAAUUACCUGCACAUGGGUGGCUAAGUCGUACUUGACAGGUGUCUAGAACCAUACACGGUUUCCCGCAGCUCCUUGAACAAGUCGAUUUCAGCUUUUUAUAGUUUGGCGCUAUCGUAUUCUCAUCUCUCCAUCUACGAUAAAUCUUUCAGUAAGAUAAGGAACAUGGAAAACUGGGGAUAUGUGGGUAGUUUAGGACGGAUGAGACUUGUCCAAUACUUGGAUAAAGUGCAGCAUUUUCUUUCACCAUUCCCGUGUUUCCCACUUCUUCAGUGAAAUUAACCACUUUUCGUAAAACCACUUGACCAACCGAUCUGUAUUUUCAACAAAUAAAUUCCCCCAGGUUUGUAUUUUCUCCGGAAGUCAAUUUGUAGAAUAUACUUAGUUUUAAACGUUGAUUCACUGUCAUUUGUCGCGAGACAAUAUUUUAAUGAAAAUAUUUUUUCUACUACUUUGUGAUCAGACUUCAAUUUACUCCAGACUGUGGGUCCAUGCUGUAUCUUAGCCCCUCAUCCAUUUGCAUAUUACAUAAGGGAAGCGUUACAAUCAAUGGUCGCGUGAAGUAAAGCUGCAGAAUAUAUCUUAGAGAAGUGUUUCUUUUCAGAACUCUAGGAUUUUCAACUAUAGCUUGGUUACAAUAUACUUCGAUGAUAUGCUAUUUACAUUUUAUUUAAACCACAAACGUCGUGCAAUCUAGGCAAUAAGAAAUGAGUCACAUUAGACAUUAUAAGAAAAAAAAUGGUAAAAUAAUUGAGGAAACGUAGAGUAAAAACAAGUAAGCAUACUUAUCGGAAGGAUUCCAAAGAGCCUUAUAAAUAGAAUUAAAGAGGAAACCGAAGCAUUUUCAUCAUUAAUUUAGGUUCUAAGCCAUAUCAGACAGUCUCUGAUAACUGAAUCGCAAUUUAUCAGUCUUUUUGGCUACUCUUAAAGGUCCCUUUUAAAGACAAUUGUGAAAACAGGUUUCUACUUAUCUUGCAACAGUACUUGGCAUUUGAACAGUGUAGUUUACGAACCUUACAGACCCCGAGCUCCAUCUGAUUAAAUGCUGUUUGGAUAACCAGUAGAUUAACACAUAGUAAAACGAUAUCGUCUGUAUGCUUGAGGUUGGGAAGCUUUUCUAAUGGAACAGUAACUUUUAAUAUGCACAGUUAGCCCUCGUGUGUGUCAGUGGUUCUACAGCAGAGUGCUCGAUAGCGUGGCGGGCGGUCGUGGCUGAUGUAUUUGGAAACCUCACCUAGUUUGCUGACCAAUAGUGAGUCCGUAGAGGGAGGGAGGUUUAGCAUGAGGACUAGCAACACGACUUUGAAACUUCAAAGCUUAAGGCCGUACGUUGGACUCGGAAAACAAGGGAUGAGAAAAAUUUAUCCCUAUUACUUCACAAAGCACACUUUGGACGUGACUAUUGUAGUAUAGUGAUGCAUCAGAAAAUAGUUGGUGUAUUUUUUACUCAAUAUUUCAUAUAACUUAUAUUCCUCUGAUAGAAUAUCGGAAUAUUUUUAUCCUCAAAACAGGAGCGUUUUCAUAUGAAUGAGACAGUAUUCACAAGUUUGGAAGCCGUAUGGCAACAUUGCCCUGUCACUGCCUUGUCCUUCAUUUCCAAAAGUCUUUUGGCCAUUGGUUCAGCUAACGUACUAGGCAUCUAUAGUGUAGAUCAUGGGUUAGUUCUGUGUAAGUACCUGUUGAAGCGUUUCGUCACUAUACACAGAGUGGAGACAGUAGCAGAUGUGAAGCAGGAUAAGUUUAUCUUGUGUCUGUGUGGAAAUAGAUUUGUCACUGUUCUGGAAUUCAAGGCGACAUCAGCCACCUUAACGUUAAUAACCGAAGAUUAUCGCUGUGAUAAUAUGAUAUAUUGCACAGUUCAUUUCAGCCCGCUAGCAUUUUGUUUACAAACUCUUUCGAGUCAUGGUGUACUAAAAAUAAUGAAAUCAUCCUGUGGUCACAUUGCAGGUAUUAGUGAUUUAAACAACAGUACUUCGCUUCAGCUUGAAACAAGUGUAUGCUAUACAGGUCAUAUAUUUCAGUUCACGUCGAAAUCAUUAUCAACAGGUGGUAAAACUUUAGUAUUUUGUGGAUCUACGUUUGGGAAAAUUCAUGUUUAUCACAUUUCAAAUGAUGAUUUAUCACAGUGCUCAUCGGCUCCCACCCUAACUUUGUGCGCACAAAAGGGGGUUAUAUUUUCUGUUGAUUUUUGUCAUUUAGCCCUUGAUAAUUCUUCUAUGGCAUCGUAUCGCUUAGUCUCUUGUGCUGAGGAUCGUAGUAUUGCUGUCUGGUCAGUAUCAGCUGAGUACAUUGUGAAUUUCAGUGGCUCAGAUAAAUGGCAACUGUUGUACCACUUAAAGGCAGGCAGUUUUCUGGAUGGUAGCGUAAUAUUUGAGUCUAGAAUUUGGUGUGUUCGUGUUGGUGAUUGGGGAAUAAUAGCCACUGGGGAGGAUUGUCGUGUAGUUUAUUACCAAUGGGACAAUGUAGCCCAACCUAUUGUUAUGCGAAAUAUUCAUCGUGGACAAAAUAUUUGGUGUUGCAGUGUAUGGAGUGCAUCAACUGAUGAUGGCAGUAAAUCGGUUUUGCUAGCUACUGGUGCAAAUGAUGGCGGAGUGUGUGUACGGGAACUGACUAAUUAUUUUCAGCAUCCUAAUAAUAAUAAUAAUAAUAAUAAUAAUAAUAAUAAUGAUAAUAAUAAUAUCAGUGAAUGUGUAAUUCUACCGUGUUAUGAGUUUACAUUGGAUAACAAUACAGAACUCACAGUUAAUUCAUGCAAUACAGAGUCAUCGUGUCCCUUAGUUUCUCGAAAGACUACUGAUAGUUCUAAGUUGAAAGAUUUUGCCCGUGUUCUCUUCUUCGGUUUAAAUGGUCGCCUGUUCUAUAUAACAGAUUUCGGGCAUAUAUAUACAUACUGCCAUACUAGCGAUCCAAUAAUCCGUCAAGUACAUCCCAGGAUACUUAGGUCUUUCGAGGAAGCUGUUGCACUAUUGCAGUCAUCGGGAUGUCUACUAAAACGUACAAGCUCAAAGCAGUGCGAAGUAUUCUUCAAAGGUUAUGUGACUUGUGGUAUAAGUUCCGACCGGUCUUUUGUGGUAGUAGGAAACAUUUCUGGUUGUCUUCUACUUAUCAAAAUUCUACAAGACUCACCUUUUAUGGAGUUGUUGGAUAUUAUAACUGUCAAUGAUAAAGUUAUGAAAAUUGUGUGGAUUAGUUCGUCACACAUAGUAACUGGACUUCCUAAUGGCGAUUCUUUGCUUAUCCGUUUGGUAAAAGCUGAGAAUACAAUAACAUUCAGUAAAAUAUUUAUUACUCUUCAAGUACCAGAUAGUUCUAAAGGCAUGAAAUGGUUGAAUGCAGCAUCUGAGUUAAUCAAACAUCAUUCUAUCGGUAAUAACUCCGUUGAUGAUGACAGGAUUCUAGUCACUGGUUCCCGUGAUGGUGGGAUUUUCUCAUACGUAUUCAAUAUUUCAGUUGAUACCAAUAAACCGCACAGUCCAGUAUGGUUAUGGAAAUCAUGUCAUCGACCUGGUGGUUGUAUAUCAAUACUUGUUGUUAAACAGCAUUCACAUGCUAGUCUUUUUACUUGUGGACGAACAUACGGAGAAGUUAAGCACUGGUCUGUUCAGUCCAAUGGUGCAUUAUAUCUUUUUGGAACAAUUCUAAGAUCUGAACAUAUGACAUGGAUUGAUAAGCUGUAUCGUUCAGAUGGGGAUAAAAUAUAUGCUUUAGGAUUUCAGUCGAAAUAUUUCAAAGCAAUUUCGCUAAAUCAUAAAUGCUUAAAAGAUGACAAUCACUUGAAUUGGUCAUUGAUGUGUCCAGUUCGUUCAGGUGGUUGUUUUCUUGUCGACUGUGCUGGUGGAAAUCAUUACUGGGAUUGGUUUUUACCCAAUAGCAUAAAAAUAACAAAAACCACUGCAAAUGAAAUCGAAACACCCAAAAAUUCUGUUCGUGAUUAUCAAGAUGAUAGUGAACAUAUGACGAAGUGUUUUUCUCCUUUGUUUGCAAGUAUUAAUCGAGGUAGAGUGUUAAUUCAUUCAGAUGUGCAAAAUUGUAUAUCAUGUGAACAGAAUAAGUGCUGUCCAACGCCUAUCUAUUUACGUCAUUCACUUCACGGUGAAACAAUUAACAGCUGUUUGUUACUUAACAAAUUUGAUCUAUCCAAUAAGAAGGACUAUUUUCAAGACGUUUCCAGUAAUGAAGAAGUCGAGUUGUAUUGUUUAGCUGGUGGAGAGGAUACUACUUUAUCAUCUUGGCGAAUUUCGUUACCGGUAGCUCAAAAUGCUACGAACUCGAAAGAGCCAAUAUUCAAUUCUCUUUUUCACCAUCGUGGUCACAUAUCAAAUAUUCGUUGUAUAACAUUGCCUGUCAUUUAUACUAAUAACAGAUCUUCAGAUGAGGUAGUUAUUCCUAGACAAUACAUUGUUAGUGCUGGUGGCCGUGGUCAAAUUUGUUUAUGGCGAUUACUAUCACCAGAUGAGACAGUGAAGACAACAGAAAAGUAUCAAGGGUCAAUUUCUCUAGGUUUCCUAGGUUCCAAGAAGAUUCGACACGACGAAUGUUACCUAGUUGAUAAUCCUCCUGAUUACGAUAACAAUAAUAAUAAUAAUAAUGUCAGUGAUCCAGUCCAUGAUUAUGAUGAAUUUAAUGGUGAAAAAACGUCCAAAUGUAAAAAAGUUGUUGUAUCCAGUGAUCUACGUAUUAUGGCUAUGGUUUGUGUUCAGAUUACUCGAGAAGAAUGUCAAAUGAUAGAUGAUUUGUUGGUUAUUGCCGGUUGUUCUGACGGAUAUGUACGACUGAUUCAUAUUGAAGUUCCGUCAGGAAAUACUGUCGGGUAUCCGAAAUUUUCAGAAAUUGGUCGAAUCAACCCGGUGUCAUCGGCAAACAAUUCGGGGAAUCACAGUAGUUGUUGUCUAGACUUAAAUGUUUUGAGCAUUACUUCCAGCCAGAUUUGUUUUGCUAUGUCGAACUCUCGAGGAGAGGUGCAUGGAUGGAUUCUACCUUGGUGCCCUUUGAAUAGUAAUCCUACUGACAAUAAUGAGUGUGUCAGUAAAAUUGAAAACAAUGACUGUUACAGUGAUGUUGAUGGUGUAUUCGGUCUCUAUCUAAAUUCUGCCUUCCAUUGGGUUUUAAACUGCGCACCAAUUCCACCUUUUCAUAUACCAAACCAAUUAGCUUUCAAUUGUAUAACUUCAUUGAGUUUUGAGACUCCUUUUUCCAGCAAUAAUACUGAUUCAAUAAUCGUUGCAGUUGGCGCCGAUGAUGGUAGUGUCCGCGUGGCUGUUGUUCCUGUAAAUUUUGAUCGAAAUUCAAGAUCACCCGUGAUGCACCCACAAUGGUCUGUCUCCUGUGUGAAACACUACAGUAGUGUUGUUAAAUUGGCUACAUGUCCGCAUUUUGAAUCAUGUGACCAGUAUUUGUAUUAUUUUUUAAGUGUGGCCUCAGAUCAACGUUUAAUACUUUGGUGUUUGAAGGCGAAUUCUCAGGAAUUAGUGGACAACUUUCAGUUAAAUGCAAUAAAGUGUAUUUUGUUGUGUGGUUUGGGCGAACCCCAUAGCUUAUCAAUAAGCUGUCAACACCAUCAAGUUAGGAGUGGAAAUAAGAAGAAUUAUACUACUUUUGCUCUUGUUGUGGGAACUGGUGCUCAUUUAAUUCGUGUGUCUUAA